AAUCAGGUCGAACUUCAGUGGAAAAUACUGCGAUUUCUUUUUUAACACUAGCAAUGAUUUUUAAAGCUGGUGUAUGCACCAGUUUAAUAUUUUUCCGUCGAUACAAACGAAGUCGAAUCUUUAUCACUCUGUUGGAUUUUGUAGCAGAAGUAUGGAAUGUAAUAGCUGUUACGGUUUACGGAGCAAAAUAUCCGACAUUUAGUGGUGGUGAAACUGCAGAGUUUGGACUAUCAUUUCGACUAGCAAUUGGAAGCAUUGCAAUGACUUUUCUGAUUUGUCCGAUUUUGUGGUUGAUAUUGAAACCUAAGAAUGCCCAAAGCGGAUAUUUAACUGACCGAGACACCAAUGCAAAUCAGCAACCUAUUGACAUGGAACUCGUUGGAAACUCUUUUGUCAGGAGUGCUUAUGCGUUUUGAUGAGAUAAUUGCGUAGUAACAAAAACAUCGCGUUGACUGUAUAUUCAGCAUGAUUUCUCUUUUUUACUCUGAAAAAGACCUUGCACUGAAAUUUUCUGAACCCAUGGCCACCAACAGGCAUUGUUUCUGUGAUAGACGAAUCAGGGUUUAUUGUCUAUGUCUACGUAAUAUACUGUAUAUAUAUGCCAACCAUAUAUUCUACCGCUUAAAGGACCUAUCCUGCAAGGACAUCAAGCUUAGUUCGUUCCCAUUCAAAAAAAUGUCUGCUAGACUGCUACCACUUGUAUUUUUCACCAAUCUAUUCUAACGAGCUGACAUUAAGUAUAGUCAGCAAGUCAGCAAAACAAAUUUCAAUAAUAUCAUUUGUUUUCGAUUUAAUUGAUUACAAAAAAAAAUGCGAAAUGUAUUCUAGCAUGCAGUGAAAACAAGAACAUAUACAUUGAAUUGUUUGAUAAUUGAUUAAGGUGAAAAGAGUAAAAAUCCACCUAAAAUCAAAAUGGGAUUGAAAAACUAUUAUUCGAUUGUUUAUACUAUUUAAAAAAAUAUAUAAUAUUCUCUUUGAA